AUGGAUCUAGUUAAUGUUUUACGCAUGAAUCCUGCUAAUAGCAGAUGUAGCUAUGCCAAGAGCUCCAUCCUUCAGAAAAGUUUCACAAGACAAGACACCAUCGAGAGCUAUGGCACCCACGGGUUCGCGGAAUGCUUUAAGCUAGCUGAUUUGGGUUGCUCUUCGGGACCUAACUCCUUGUUGUUCGUAAAAAAUAUUGUCGACAUUGUCCAUGCAGUGUGCCUGAAGAAAAAUGUGAAAACGCCUGAUGAGUUUCAAGUGUUUCUAAAUGAUCUCCCGAAUAAUGAUUUUAAUGCACUUUUGAAAUUGACACCAGAGUUUAGUUCAAUGCUUGAGAAUGAGAAAGGUCUUGACAAGAAUGUGAAGUGUUUUAUAUCAGGAGUGGCGGGUUCUUUCUACACAAGACUCUUUCCAAGUAAAAGCCUUCAUUUUGUUCAUUCUUCAAGUAGCCUGCACUGGCUCUCUCAGGUUCCCGCAAAUUUGCUGGAUUCUAACAAAGGGAAUAUCUACAUGGCAAAAUCAAGCCCUCGAAGUGUUUAUGAAGCAUACUAUUACCAAUUUGAAAAGGACUUCACAGAAUUUUUGCGUUUGAGAUCUGAGGAAAUGAUUUCCAAUGGCCGGAUGGUACUGACACUCCCCGGAAGGAGCAGUGCAGAUCAUACCAUCAAAGAAUGUUUUUAUAUAUUCAAAUUACUAGGGAACUCACUUCUGGACAUGUCUGCUGAGGGUAUACUUCAUGAGGAAGACAUUACUUCAUUCAAUCUACCUCUUUACACCCCAUGCACCGAUGAGUUGGAGGCAAUAAUUGAAUCUGAGGGUUCUUUUAGUCUUGAUAGAUUCGAAACAUCUGAAGUUAACUGGGACAUGCGUGAAGAAGAUGAAAUCAUGAAGUCUGGGGAGAGCAGUGACAAGCUUAUUGCUAAGACAAUGCGAGCCAUAACAGAGUCGAUGCUUGCUAGUCAUUUUGGUGAUACUUUCAUAGAAGAGAUAUUUGAGAGGUAUGCAAUGCUGGUGGCUGAGCAUCUCUCCAUGGUGAAAACGGCCUACCUAUUUAACAUUGUUGUCUCCUUGAUUAGGAAAUGAGAAGUUUUAGUUAUCAUUAUUGUGAAAUCUAGUAUUCUUGUAGUAGUUUAUUUACUUCGCGCAAAAAACUUAGUUAAAACAAGGUGUACUUUGGAUAUUUUGGUUUACUUAGUUGUCAUAAAAUUUAUGAUAUACAGUACU